CGGUCGAACGUUGGUCAUACAUAUAUAUAUAUAGUAUAUAUGGAAAAAAAAUCAGUAUACCUAUAAACACAUAUAUCUAAGUACCCGAUAUCUAUAACGUAAUAUAUAAGGUAUGAUGAACUGCUUUCAAACAAUCUUCUAUUGACAAAUCAUAAUCACGUAAAAAUAUACAAUACAUCACUCAUCUAACAAUCAUAUUCCAUUAAUUAGAUUUAAAGCCAAUGGCGCCUUAAAAAUGUCUAGUUAUAUAAAUCUCUAAGUUUUCUUGUAAUAUCUACUGAAAUGUGUUCAUAUGUACGCAGCGAUCCAAACGUCAACGCGACCAUUUCCAAUACUCAUCGGUCUGCAUGAUUGAAUGCACUGGAAAUAUGAUUGCGUGAAUGGUAAUUUGAGAUUCGAAGUUAAGUCCAUAAAAUAAAUUCAGUGUCUAUUAGCCAUUCUGGCGAGGUGUUUGUAACAAGUCUUUAUUUGAAAAUUACAAAUCGGAGUUAUUGUGUUCCAGAUUUUCAAUUUUCCUCGCUCAAACCUAGCACAGCUUCAUCAUGGGGGAUAUGUUUCGCAGCGAAAAAAUGGCUCUGUGCCAAUUGUUCAUACAACAGGAAGCUGGCUAUAGCACUAUUUCUGAGUUGGGCGAGAUCGGAUGUGUGCAAUUUCGUGAUCUAAAUGCUAAUGUUAAUUCUUUUCAACGUUAUUACGUAACCGAAGUGCGUCGUUGCGAUGAGCUAGAGCGUCAAUUGCAUUACAUUGAAAGUGAAUUGAAGAAGGAUGGUAUUGAGCUGAAAGAAUUGACUGAUGAUCUGCCACUAGCCCCAAAUCAGCGUGAUAUUAGUGACCUUGAGCUUACGCUAGAUAAAGUGGAAACGGAAAUAAGUGAACUCGCACAAAAUAAUGUCAACAUCAAGACCAACUACACUGAGUUAAACGAGUUGUGUAUGGUGUUGGAGAAGACGCAAACGUUCUUUAGUGAUGUCAUGGAUACACCGUCGCACUUUGGUAGCGAUGAUACAAACGCACAAUCACGUGGGCAGUUGGGAUUUGUGGCCGGCAUACUGAAUUGUGAGCGUUCUUACGCUUUCGAGCGCAUGCUUUGGCGUAUAUCGCGUGGUAACAUUUAUGUGAAGCGUGCUGAUUUGGAAGAACCCCUGAUAGAUCCACAAACCGGUCUUGGGGUUUACAAAACCGUCUUUGUGGUGUUUUAUCAGGGUGAGCAGUUGAAUAUGCGUAUCAAGAAAGUUUGCAACGGGUUUCGUUCAUCAUUAUACUCUUGUCCUGCGGCGCAUGCUGAACGCGAAGAUAUGUUGCGUGGUGUUAAGACCCGUUUGGAAGACUUAAAAUCGGUAAUAAGUCAAACGGUGGAUCAUAGACGUUUAGUGCUGUCGAACACUAUCAAAAACUUACCCAGAUGGAUGGUAAUGGUACAAAAAAUGAAAGCCGUUUAUCACACAUUGAAUAUGUUCAAUAUAGAUGUGACCAAAAAGUGUCUAAUUGGUGAAGGUUGGGUGCCGAGAAACGACUUGGAAAAUGUUAAGCAAGCGCUCGCAGCUGGUUCGGCUGCUGUCGGCAGCACGCUACCGUCGUUUAUGAAUGAGCUCGAGACCGAGCAAUCACCACCAACCUUUAAUCGUGUCAAUAAAUUUACGAAUGGCUUUCAACAUCUAAUCGACGCUUACGGUAUGGCAAAUUAUCGCGAGGUGAAUCCGGCGCUUUACAGUUGUAUAACAUUUCCCUUUCUGUUUGCCGUUAUGUUUGGUGAUUUGGGACACGGAUUUUGUAUAUUCUUAUUUGCACUCUGGAUGGUGUUGGAUGAGGAGCGUUUGAGUAGGAAACGUGGCGGUGAAAUCUGGAAUAUAUUUUUUGGCGGCCGUUAUAUUAUACUACUUCUGGGACUUUUUUCUAUGUACACUGGGUUUCUGUAUAAUGAUAUAUUUUCAAAGUCACUCAACAUUUUCGGUUCUGGUUGGAAGAUACGCUAUAAUGUCAGCACUGUAUUGACAAAUAACAACCUACAAUUAGAUCCUGCCGUGGCUUCUUUCAAAACUUACCCACUGGGUGUGGAUCCCAUUUGGCAAUUGGCUGAUAAUAAAAUUAUUUUUCUCAACACCUUAAAAAUGAAGAUGUCAAUUAUUAUCGGUGUGGCUCAUAUGAUUUUCGGCGUUUGCUUGUCUGUAGUGAAUUUUAUGUACUUUAGGAAGUAUGCGCUGAUAUUCCUGGAAUUCAUACCGCAAGUACUUUUCCUCAUCCUACUCUUCGGCUACAUGUGCUUUAUGAUGUUUUAUAAGUGGGUUAAAUAUUCGCCGAAGACAGAUUAUUUGCCCGAUUCACCCGGUUGUGCGCCAUCCGUUCUCAUUUAUUUCAUCAACAUGAUGCUGUUUAGCGAUUCACCACAGCUAGCAGGUUGCGAUGAGUACAUGUUCGUGGCACAGCCCUCUUUGGAGAAGAUCUUUGUAGUCUUGGCUAUAAUUUGCAUACCUUGGAUUUUGUUGGGCAAACCGCUGUAUAUCAUGGCUAAGCGAAAACUUCAUGCUAAGCGACAGUCGAUUUCAACUUUAGGUAAAUUGGCAGAGGAAGGCGGCAGUCACGAUGCUCACGACGAAGAGGACGAGGAACCAAUUAGCGAAAUAUGGAUACAUCAAGCCAUACACAUGAUCGAAUAUAUACUGAGUACUAUAUCGCACACCGCUUCCUAUUUGCGUUUGUGGGCUUUGUCAUUGGCUCAUGCAGAACUUUCUGAAGUACUCUGGAAUAUGGUACUUUCGGAGGCCCUUAAAUUUAAAGGUUAUCCGGCAGCCAUUGCGUUAUUCUUUAUUUUCGGCGCUUGGGCUUUGCUUACAAUAGCUAUUAUGAUUUUGAUGGAGGGCUUGUCAGCCUUUUUGCAUACCUUACGUUUGCAUUGGGUUGAAUUUAUGAGCAAAUUCUAUAGUGGCGCGGGAUAUGCAUUUCUGCCUUUCAGUUUCAAAGUAUUAUUGCGCAAAGAUGGAGAUGACUGAGUUCUUUAAAGAAUAUACGAAAUAAUCUUAUCAAACAGAUAUGUUUGUUUCUAAUUUCAAAGUUUAUUAAACACUAUAUUUCCAUACAUAUAAUCUGAUUUUGCUUUUCUUUUAUAUGUAAUUAACUUUCAAUCCAACAUUACAUAUAGUAUUUGUUAUAUAUUUUUUUGAAGAAGUUUCUUUAAUAUAUCAUCAUACAAAAUCUA